CUGAUAGUGAUCUGUUUUUUUCCAGAGAUUCUCUCUCUUCCCCAACCCCCUCUCUCAAAUUUUCCAUUCUUUUGGAGACACCGCUAAUUUCAGCUAAGGAGUGAGAAUCAAUGGAGGGUCUGCCCUCUGGUUAUCGCCCUAACGUUGGAGUAUGUCUCAUCAAUGAUGACAAUAUGGUAUUUGUAGCAUCUAGACUGAAUGUUCCUGGAGCAUGGCAGAUGCCUCAGGGAGGUAUUGAAGAAGGUGAGGAACCAAGGUCUGCAGCAAUCAGAGAAUUGAGGGAAGAAACUGGAGUAGUCUCUGCUGAAGUAAUAGACGAGGUUCCUGAAUGGUUGACGUAUGACUUCCCUCCGGCUGUAAAAUCAAAAGUGAAUCGACUCUGGGGUGGAGAAUGGCACGGGCAGGCACAGAAGUGGUUUCUGAUGAGAUUCACAGCAGAAGAGAGUGAAAUCAAUUUAGCAAAUGGUGAAGCAGAUCCAGAAUUCUCAGAAUGGAAAUGGGCUACCCCUGAAGAAGUCGUCGAGCAGGCAGUCGACUACAAGAGGCCGACCUACGAGGAAGUCAUGAAACAUUUCCAGCCUUAUUUCACUUCUGGAAAAGCUACAAAGUGCUACUCAACCAAAUGGUGAAAAUUACACUACACCUAGUCUUGCCUUGCACCUUUUCUUGAUGUUGUUGUUGUCGUCAACUUUGCUAUAAUUAUUACAGCAUAUGUACUCACUGUAAAUGUAUAUGGGGCUUCAACUUCCAGAUUAGGUUUCUGUUUCUAAAAAAAUGAUUCCUCAAUAAUAGCAUUGUGGUUUUCUAUGUUUCA